AUGUCCGCACUGACCGUUUCGCUGUUGAGCGGCCGCGGCGUCAGCACGAAAUCACGCACCUCCAACGAUUCGUCUUCCUCGGUUUCGAUGAGGAAGCAUUACCAGCGUCGUAGCUCUCUUCAUCAUCCGACGACGACGAAAAAUCAUCAUCCUCGCGCGACACCCGAUCGAAAUUGGAUUAAGAACAACAACAAGAACAGCGCAAACAACAUACAAAAGUCCUCGAAGGUACGCUUAAACUCCCCCUCGUUUGGUGGUUCCUCCGUUUUGGAGGACUUUGACGGACAGAAACCGGAAAUUGCGACGACGACGAGGAGGAGUAGCACCGUGAAUAAUCCUUUGCGAGAAUCGAAAUCGAGAGCAGAAAACGCGAUGCGAGCGAGACAGUUUUUUAACAACAAACAGUCCUCCUCGUACGCGAACGGAGGGAGCGCGGCAUUUGGGAGCAUGGUUCCCGAGGACGAAGAAGCGAGCACGAGCGGGCAACAAGAAUUACAACAACAACAACAACAACAACAACUAGAAAAACAAGAAAGAGAAGAGCAAAUGUCCGACAUCAAGAAGCGCAUGAUGGUGGCGUUGGAGUGCGAGCGUCAGGAUCUGGCGGAUGGAUCUGUUUUAUUCAGCUUCUCGGAGAAACCGUUAACGAGGCAACAGAAAGCCGCCUUGGCGGCGGAGGAAGAGAAAUUGCAAAUCACUUCCAGCGAUUUUGAACGCCAGCCGAAUUUUAUCGAGCGGUGGUUCAUGACUGUCCGCUUCCAAGCCGCCACCGUCUCCGUAGAAAAAGCGUUCUUCUUCGUCCUCUCGACGCCGUUUCGAAUGGUAUUCUGGACGUUCGCGUACGCGAUGCGUUUGCUCUUCUGGAUCGUCACCGGAAGAUUCUCCAACUUGCUCUUCAGCUUGAACAAAGGUAAACGAAGAGCCUCGAAGCAGUUAGCGGCGAACUAUUCGCAAAUGGAAAUCGAAAAGCAAAGGAAGGAAAAGAUGGAACGAGAGAGAGCGUUUGUCGAGGGGAGCGCGAAAGUCGCCAGGGAGCGGUUGCAGCUGUGA